AUGGACGGCUCUUCACGAAAUGGCUCUAGCGGGGUCAAUGGCAGCGAUAGGAGUGGUAUGAGUAGAGCGGAAAGGUUCGAAGAUGAGAAGAGACGAAUUAUUGAAAGCUGUUUUGGGAAGAAGGAUCCGGACGGCUCUUUAUUGGAAUCAUAUAUCACACAUAUUAGAAUUAUUGAGGAUGCGGCAUAUCCAUCCUCUCCACCUCCCACGGACGCCAAUCCGGAUGCUAAGAAACCUCGUAUUAUAAUCGUCGCCGUGCGCAAAUCUGGACGGGUUCGGAUGCACAAAGCUAGGGAGAAUGCGAAUGGGAGCUUUUCAAUUGGCAAAACUUGGAUGCUUGAUGAUCUAUCUGCGGUAGAGUCUUUCAGUGGAGCAGUCCCUACGACUGCGGAGGAGGAACAGCGCAAACAAUGGGCUGGGGGUACGGGAUUUACUGUGACGAUUGGAAAGCCCUAUUAUUGGCAGGCCAACACUCAAAAGGAAAAACAAUUCUUCAUCGCAAGCUUGGUCAAAAUUUACACGAAAUACACUGGUGGAAAAGCGCCGGAACUCAUUGGUUUUGAUCCCAGAGAAAGGGAACAAUUGUCUGGUAUUUCAACUUCCGCACGACCACAACAACCUCCUUCCCAAGAAUCUCGGCGGCCUCCGCAGCCCCAACAACCACAGUCUUCUGCAUCUUCUCCAUAUGAACAGAGCCAGAGUCGACCGUUCAAACGAGAGCCGUCCCGAGAGCCUGUGCUGCGUAGUCAACCUAGUCGAGAUGCUGUACAACGCCCACCAGGCCAAAUGCCGGCCAAUGCUAGUCCAGCUUUUCCUCCACAAAAUUCCCGACCUCCUAUGCGGCCACAGCGUGAUGCCUCGCCAGGUUCAUCUGCUAAGCCAUUGGGUGUUAAACCUCAACAGAGUCACACAAGUCUGCGUAGGUUGGAAACCGGUAAUCAGAGCCAGGAAUCUUUUGGACGCAGUGACGACAGCGGAAGCUUACCGCCUCGUUCACGCGGUGGCGCUAAUGGUUUGCCUAAUGCCCCUGGUCGCUUUCCUGAUAGAAGCGUCACACCCAUUUCCCAACGUGGCCCUCCUGAGUCCAGCUUUCCAAGUCCAAAACGGGACAGGUCGACGGACCCGCCGCCAAUGCCUGCUCCACUAACAAUCCCACCCGAACGACGUCGACCUCCGAUGCCAAAUAUUGGCGAUGCGGCUCGCUUACGUGGUACAGAUCCAAUGGAUAACAUUGUGCCAGCGCCAUUGGCUAGUCCUGGUAUGCGCAGAGACGAUAUGCGGCCUCCCACUCGUAGCAGUGAACGAUCAAUACCUCGCGAGCGAGAUACUAAUGGAGAUGGCAGUAUCGACGCCAAACUCACAGAGGCAGCAUCAUUGGAACUGCUUCGUGAUAAUUUGGGUGAUACUGGUAAGGAUGAGGUGCCGUCGGUUCCUGCAUCUGCGCCAGCUAUUACCUCUCCUGUCUCUCCGGUCGUUUCGCCGACUACUCCCAUUUUGCCAUCGACGGAGGAGCAAGAGGACGAGGAAAUGCGCCCCGGUCUUGGACCCAUGAUAAAGAAGAAAUCCAAGGGCGACAUUGCCAGCACUUUCCUUAGGGCCGCACAAAAUGCUAAUGGUUUCAAGCCUCGUGCUGGUGGCGCAGCUGAACGUCUUAGAGAAGCAGCACUGGCAGCUAAAUCUCCAAACGGCCCUGAUGGUAUCACUGGUGUGGUCCCAGCUCCUUCCUUAGUUCGGGCGUUCAGUAAUGAUAGCGCAACUACGUUCAAUGCUCCUCUCGCCGUUGUACCAGCUGCUACACCCGAAGCCCCUUCUACUCCGGUCGAAGCUCCUCCAGAAAAGUCCCCUGCACGCAAUGCCAAUCCUGAAGUUAUUCCGGAAGUCAAAAUUACAGUCCCGGACAAGGACAUACCGAGCACUGUUGAAAGUCUUUCAAAGGCAUCAGAUACUGGUUCACUUGACAAGCCAAAGGCUCGGGAACCUAAACGUCCAAAAUCUGCUUCUGAGGCAAUGCAAAAAGAGCUUGCAUCUUUAGGUAUUGAUCCCAGCUUUUUGGAUGGCCGAGGCUCUGAUCUUGUCAAUGCAUGGGAUGAAUUUGGUUGGGUUGGGGAAAGUGUGCAUACAAAAGUUAUUGAUGGAUUAAAAGAUGAUGUUGAGCGAGAGCUCAACAAAGUUCAAGCAGGAGGCUGGCUUAACCGAUUAGAGGAAGAGGACGAACGAGUUGAAGCGAUUAAAAGAGGGCUGGAUACAUGUAUGGACGAAUGUGACGAACUUGAUGGUUUGCUCACACUGUAUCUUGUGGAGCUUGGCACACUCAACGAGGACAUUGCAUACAUCGAAGCCCAAUCACAAGGUCUGCAGGUGCAAACAGCCAAUCAGAAGCUCUUACAAGCUGAACUUCAAUCUCUACUGGACACGAUAUCAAUUUCCUCAUCACAGCUCGAGUCCUUAAAAACGGCAUCAUUGGAACGUCCUCAUGAUCUCGAGCUGGUUGAAAAGUCUUUGGUUGUUUUGUUCAAGGCUAUGGUUACUAUCGAUCCUUCACUUAGUAUUUCUGUUCCUAGAAGAAGUGAAGAUGGUAGCGUCCAUUCCGGGAGAACCGGAGGCUUCGGCAACAGCGAGAUUGGAAGCAUGCGGGUCUUACAGGAGAAAAAAGAUGUCUACCGAGCUACGAGCGUUGAAUUCCUUCAACGUUUGUAUUCCUUUUUACAAAUGAAAUUCCGCUCUGCAAUUGACGAAACAAGGAAAGCGUUAGACCGGGAAAAGGGUGGUAAUAUCGCCAGAACAGCUGGGAAGGGCAAACUUGACCCACGCCAUCAUGAUCUCGCGAGGAAUAUACUUUGGAGAUAUAGCCCACUGAUGUUGUUCUCUAGGGAAGUGGCUCCUGAUGAAUGGGAAAAGUUUUUGUUAGAUUACGAGUCUGCGUGUAAACCUUUGUAUCAGGAUGAAUUCAGGGACGCUGUCUUUGCCUGGAAGCGGAUUGCUAAGAAAGCACACGGGGACGAGUCUGAAAACUUGUUCACAUCACAAAUUGAGAAACACACUGAAGGCCUUGCAACUACAACCGCUAGAAAGCUGACGGUAAAGCGAAGUCAAACGUUGGCAAAGAUACGAUCCCCAGCUGGCGACGGUGGCAAUAAGUCUACCGCAGACAAGGCGGAUGGUCGACUACCUCCACAUGAAGUAUUCACUGGAGCUCUUGAUGAAAUGGUUCCGAUUAUGAGCAUGGAGCAGAACUUCAUUGUUGAAUUCUUUCAUAUAACGUCACUAGAACAACAUGAUUUUGCUGAGUCUGUCGCUGCUGCUCCCCCAGACUUGCGACGAGGCGGCGACUUAAGAAGGCCAAAAGUUAUGGAUCCUAAUCGGAUAUUGGCAAAACGUGUCGUACAGACCAUGGAAGAAAUUUACGCUUUUUGGGCUGGUGAUAUGGAAGCACUGGUAGACUGGUCCCUCCAACCCGAUCCAUUGCAAGGUGUCGGUAUACUCGUUUCAAUUGAGCGCAAGCUUGUUGACCUCGAGGAAUCAAGCCAGGAGUACCUGGCACGUACUCUCCAAAAGUUGCAUGCUCGUUUGCUUGGUCUAUUUAACAAAUUCCUGGAUGAGCAGAUUCGAGCCAUAGAAGACACUAAAGUCAAAAUCAAGAAGCGAAAGGGUGUUAUUGGAUUCAUAAGGAUAUUUCCUUCAUUCUCCUCUGCAAUAGAAACGAUGUUGAUGUCUGCUGAUGGCCUUGAGGUUCGACAAAUCGUAAAUAAUGCAUAUUCUCGAUUGAACAAAACCAUGUUUGAGUCUCUCAAGGUUAUUGCGAGGGAAAACCCAAGUGCUCACACUGCAGGUGCAGAUCCAGAGGACAAAGAAGCCCUCAAUUAUCAGAUUCUGCUCAUCGAAAAUAUGAACCAUUACCUGGAAGAAGUGGAUGUCCGCUCCAACCCGGUACUUGAAGAAUGGAGGGAGAAUGCUAGCCAAGAAAUGGACGAACAUAUGACUUUAUAUCUUGGUGCUGUUAUUCGAAGACCCCUAGGAAAACUUCUCGAUUUCUUGGAAAGUACAGAGAGUCUUAUGCUUUCUCGACAACCUGGUGAAUCGGCUUCGAAGAUCUCAUCAAUGCCAAGUCACUCCAAAUCAACCUUCAAAAAAAUCCUUGCUGGGUAUGACGCCAAAGAAAUUAGGAAGGGCAUUGAAACUCUUAAGAAGCGAGUUGAAAAGCACUUCGGCGAUGCAGAUGACCCAGGACUCAGUCGAGAACUUGUCAGCAAGGUGAAUCAACAAUGCGAGAGAUUUUACGAAAACGUCGACGAUAGAAUUUUGACAAUCAGCAGAGAUGUGUAUGAUGGAGAAAUUAUUGCUGAAUGGACAAGAGCCGAUAUUGCUACAGCCUUCAGAAAGUAG